CCCGUGACCAGCACGACACCUUGCUCCCUCAAAGUCAUCCCGUGCCUACAUCCCUGUUAUAACUCAGUUGUUUGGCUCGUUGGCGACUCCAGCCCUCACCAUGGCCUCUGCACAGCACUCUUCCAUUCCCGCCGGCGCAUCCACCACCAGCGUCGGUCAGAGCUCACCAGCACCAGUUGCAAAUUCUGUUCCAAAUGGCGACCGCAUUCCAUUGCAGAUAGAGGGUAUGGAUGCUGCUCAAGUUUCUAAUCUCCUCAAGAACCUACCUAGUCUCUUCCACAAGUCUCCUACUCAGGGCGAUAUGACAGGAGAGGCUGCUCAAUCUUUGCAGGCUCUCGCUCAAGCCGGAUUGUUCCCUCUUCAAAAUCAACACCAACUUCAGCACCCCAUACCAUUCCCUGGCGAUCCUGGCCCUUCUUCACACCCCCGCGGCCCUCCUAACCUUGGGCACUUGUCUGCAGCCGCAGCCGCUGCAGGUCACACCCCUCCAGCCGCCCCACACACGCAAGAUGGCGGGGACGCUCUCAGUGACACAGACAUUGGAGAACAGCCUCCUUCAACAGCUCCACAACCGCCAUCCGGAACAACGGGAAGAUCCCGGGCCGCCAGGAGCGCUGCAAUGGGCACCGAUGAGUGGACCCGCCAGCGUAAGGACAACCAUAAAGAAGUCGAGCGUCGACGCCGAGGAAAUAUCAACGAGGGCAUCAACGAACUCGGUCGCAUAGUACCAAACAGUUCUGGUGAAAAGGCAAAAGGCGCAAUUCUUCAGCGUGCUGUGCAGUAUAUCCAUCAUCUGAAAGAAAACGAGGCACGCAACAUUGAGAAAUGGACACUAGAGAAGUUGCUCAUGGAUCAAGCAAUGGGUGACUUGCAAGCACAGUUGGAGGACAUAAGAAGGCUAUGGGAGGAGGAACGCAUUGCACGACAAAGAGCAGAGAAUGAACUCGAUGUGCUGAGGGGUGUGUCGGGCCAGGCCCCAACGAUUCCAUAUAAAUCUCGUUCACGUUCAGUUGAGCGAGGACAGGAUGGGCCGUCUAACAGAGGUCCGUUUGGUGAGAGUGAAGUACGAACAGAGCUUGGAAAUCGACCAGAGGAAGGUAGUGGUGAUGACUCAGAAGGCAGGCCCGGGAAACGUGCGAGAGUUGAUUGAGGUUAUGUAAUAUUCCGAGCCCUGUGUUAUCAACGGACACUUGAUAUGCGUGGAACCGCGCGUUCUAUCUAAAUAU